GCUAAAUUCUGCCGGUAAUUUAAUGCUUGUGGCAUGUGUGUCGAAAUGCUGUGGUAAUAAGGCCUAGGGCUAAAUUAAUUUAUUACUUUUUACAUUUUUAGAAAUUAUCUUUUGUUCAGUAAUAAACAGAUUAUCUGACUUUUUCACCAUUUGAUUAUCAAAAGUAAGAAACAUUAACAGAGUUGAAUGAAAGAAAGUUUAAAAUUACCCAAGAAUAAGUUGAAUUGUAUAUACCUACUUCUCUAACUGGGCAUCAACUUGAACUACGAAGAAGAAAAUUAAGAAGAUACUGUCAGUUUUGUAGUUGUGUUAGCAUUAAACGUUGAGAUGCAGGACCCGAAUGCAGAUACUGAGUGGAAUGACAUUCUAAGGUCAAAAGGAAUCCUUCCUCCUAAAGAAGAUACGAGUAAAGAAAUUACAGAAGAUCAAAUAAUUGAUAUUGUGGAAAAUACAGUCGAACAAAAAUUAAAUGUUGUCAAAUGUUAUGAGGACAUGACUCUGGAUGAAAUUGAAGCUCUCGAAGAUGAGGAAGAUGAACGAGUCCUGCUUGAAUACAGAAAAAAGAGGAUAGCAGAAAUGAAAGAGGCUGCUCUGAAGGCUAAAUUUGGAGACGUGCGAGAAAUAUCGGCUGAAGAUUACACGGAGCAGGUUAACAAAGCUGGAGAGGGAAUCUGGGUAGUGUUACAUCUCUACAAGUCUGGGAUCCCCUUAUGUACGUUAAUUAACCAGUUCUUAACACAUCUAGCUCAAAAGUUCCCGGCAACCAAGUUUUUACGCAGUAUUUCUACCACUUGUAUACCAAACUUUCCAGAUAAAAACUUGCCUGCUAUUUUUAUCUACCAUGAGGGGGAACUGAAGAAACAAUUUAUUGGUUCUGAUGAGUUUGGAGGAACUAAACUGAAGUUAGAAGAACUGGAGUGGAUAAUAAGCGAGACUGGAGCAAUAAAAACAGAUCUGGAAUCUGAUCCUCGGCCAAAGAAUGUUACAGAAGAUGUUAUGCUUUCUUCGCUGAGAAGCAAUGAAGAUGAUGACAAUGAUUGGUAGACGAAGUUAAUUCAUAAUAUUUAUUUACAUGGUGACAUUUGAAGAAUGAAUGCUAUAAUAAAAAAAUGCACAUUUCAAUUUUAUGUCUUAAAUAUCUUUGAAGUCCAAAUUGAGGUUUUUAAUAACAAAUUUUUUAUCGUAUGGUGUGUUAAGUCCUUGAUAUUGCUAACUAGGAGAUAUGUAGUGCCUUAAAAGUUCAUGACCUCUAAUAAAAACUGGUACUGAUUUUGUA